AUUGCCGACGCCAUUGAACAGCAGCAUGCAAUUCUCCUAGUCCUGUUCAUUAAAGAUUUGAAGGAUCUAUGUUCAACCUGGUUCAGAUUUUUUCCAGUUCUAUUGCUUUGGCUUUUGGAGUACGAAGAAAUGCAUAUUGGACCGAGUUGUGUGACUCCAUGAUCAACCUUCUGUGGUGCUGAAUGUCCUACUGUUCAUGGAAAAACCACCUGAUUGGUACCAUCAAGUCAAUAUGGUGCGCUUGAGGCGUCAAUGCUGCACUCUGUCAUUUCUCUUCAAGGGCUGUGUCUUUCUGCUUGCAGUCUCGAGUGUCCUUCUUCUCCUGCAAAGUAUCUGGAGCAGUGGCAGUGUAUUAGAAAGAACUGGAGGAGCUAAGUCUGGACGGUUGACCAGUAAUAAUAUUAACAGUGGUGCAUUCAUCGAGCGUGCAUAUUUACCUGAAGAGAAUUAUAUGAGCCACACUUCAGAUUGUGAAGUACCAAGAUUCAAUAGCAACUCAACUGUGCCACAAGAUGUGGUGUGCAAGAGAAUCUCACCUCGACCUGGGUCAUGUCAGCUUACACAUGAACUGUACACAUCUCAGAAGGCAGCAACUUGCAGCCACCAGGAAAAAUACCAGCUGUGCCAAAUAAAGGGAGAGGGCAAGGAGAUGGCUGUUGAAUGCGACCAAGAAAUUUGUCCUGGACCAGUAUCCUUGGGGACUAUUAACCCAGCCAUCGGUGUGCUUCACUGGGAGGAACUUGGUGACAUGAAAGAACUGCAGACCCAUCUUCAGCACUUACUCAUAACAGGCAAACCAGAAGCAGUCUUUGGCUUUUGCUUCAUCAAGUGUCCAUUAGAGUUACAGGAUGCUCAGGAGGGUGAACAAGGUCGGGAGGAUGGUCAGGCAGGUGGACAAGAUGAUGAAGGUGAGGAGGAAGAGCUGGAGGAGGGCUUGGAGAAUAGUUUUCAGGCAUUUGAGAAGGAUUACUUCCAGGAGGACAUUGAAGAAGAACCAUGGGCACAACAGCUGCUCUUGCUUCCACCCAAGCUACAGAACACUCACAGCAAAUCACGUAAUAAUAGUCCAGAAUUGAAUAUCAAUAUUAUUCUGCUGGAUUCAGUUUCACACAGUCACUUCUAUCGCUCUCUUCCAAGAACAGUUCAUACUUUACGCGAAAUAAAUAAAUUAAAAGCAGGCAAUGUUUUCAACUACAAUUUGGUACAGUCUUUGAAGGGUCGGACUUAUGAAAACAUCCAAAUGCUCUUCUCUGGGUUUAUGUACAACCCAGAGAAGCCUUUCGGAACACGAGACAUGCCCCCUGACCCGAUAGGUACCAAGGUACUUUUAGAAGGGUUUAAGCAUAUGGGAUAUGAAACCUUGUGGUUGGAAGACCUUUGUUGGACCUGGGAGUGGGGAAUUGCCAAAAACUUUGUUGUGCAUUCACCAAAGGAGAUGCUGAGCUUCCGCUGGAAGAAACUUCAAGAUGCUAUGAAGGAGGGUGGAGUGGACCAGCUGGGUUUGGCUUUAGCAAACUGUGAGAUCUUACACAGAAACAACCACAAUGAUCCUUUCCAUGGACCACCUGCAAUUUGUUACAAUGGAGAAUACCAGCAUGCUUACAUGCUACAGUACCUUAAAAGUCUUCAGAAAGCUCAACAAUCUACCAGGACUCCAUUCUUCCAUUAUACAGAAUCAAAUGUUGGUCAUGAUGAUCUUGGUGUAAGAGUCCAAGGUUUAGAUAAGGCCCUUGCUGAAUAUCUCAUAUUUGCAGCAUCGUUGGACAACACCAUGACAAUUCUUCUUGCCGAUCAUGGAAACUCUUAUGGGUCAUUUAUCCAAAAAUCAGAGGAAGGACGUAUUGAGAUGUUCCAUCCGUCAAUGUUCAUUUUGCUCUCCAAGAAUGCAGGACGGCUUCUCACCCCGUCCCAGAUCAAUGCGCUUCAAGUUAAUCAAGAUCGGCUCACCAGCAUCUUAGACACACACUACAUGCUCAGGUCGCUGGCAUACCCAGGUCUCAAUGCUAAGGUUGCGGAGUCUCAUCAACACUUUGACGUCAACCCUGAUGGACUUCUGCAGGAGGUGUCUAAGAACAGGACUUGCGAUCACAUCCCACGUAUUCAACCAAACAUUUGCAUCUGUGAGGAUUAUGAUUCCAGGGUCUAUAAUGACACCAGCAGAGUGAUCUUUGCAGAAUUUGCACUUGGAGAGCUCAACAAUGCUAUCCAGAACCAGUUUGUAGAGGCACACCCAGAAGCCAGGACAGGAUUUGGAAGAUGUCAACCUCUCCAUGCUCUCAGAUUUUCCAAUGUGCGAGAGAACUAUCAUGGGGACAAUAAGAUUAUCAUCAAGCUGGAUCUGUAUGUCAAAGCUGGGGAAAAUGCAUCUCAAACCGAGGAGAUCUUCUUUGUUACUCUCAUGGCUUCCAAUACUCAUCCUAGAGAACAGCUACGUCUCCUGAGCUAUGAACGUCUGACUGCCUACAGUCAGUAUGAUGCGUGUGCUGAUAAGGGUGUUGCUACCAAGCUCUGUGUUUGUUCCCUUGCCAGAUUGGAUGCCGCUGCCAAGAGGGCCUUGGAAUACAGCUCUACCCCCAGGUGGCACAGCAUCUCAUCUUUCUUCAGGAAAUACACCUCAACCAUAAAAGAGGUGACAUCGUGCCUCUAUCUUUACGAGAGACGCACACCAAACGGUGUGUUGAUAGAGGCAUCCUGCGAGUGCAAAGAUAGGCUGUACUUAGUGGAGAUAAAGUCAAAGUCACAGAACAUCAUAAUGUCAAAAGAGUUACCUUUUAGCACUGUCUUAAAGCCAGGCAUGAGAACGUUUUUGAUUGCAUUUGUGCAGAGUGUUAGGAAGAGGGCAUGGUCAUUGGAAUACAGUGUGCAAUAUACUGAACAUCGCUUAGUGUGAUUAAGUACUUUAAAUUUAUCAAUAUGUAAGUAUAUGCUUUAUCAACCGUUUUCAAAGAUACAAUGUCUUGCUGAGAAUAUGAAAUAGUUUGGAUCAGGGCAUUUUUAAAUAUAACACAACACUUGUCAUCGAUCAUUGGACUGACAAUUAUGAUUGAUUGUUUCUAUUGUUUCAUGCGAUCAAAAAUGUGAUCAAUCACAAAGCUUUAUGACCCCAUUGUUCUGUAUGAUUUUCUGUUUUUCUUCUAAAAAUUUCUUGCAUAAAUUAUAAUGAGUACCAUAUAUAAAUAUUCAGGAUUUUUAAAAAGCAAACUGACUCUACAUCUAAAUAUUCAGGAUUUUUU